AAUUCAGAAUUCGCAAUACUUAAUUAUAUAAAAAAUAACUAUUUCAUUUUUCGAUAUUUUUUGUAUAAAAAUUAUAUAUUUACCUGUUUAGUUUUUGAAUUUUAUAAAAAUUACAAUUUUCAUUGUGUUCUACAAAUUAAAAAUUGGUUGUAAAUAAGUUAGAUUAGGCUAUUACUUGCUGAGUUGUUGAAAUGCUUGUAAUAUGUGUACAUAUGUUUAUAUAUAAGAUCUAAGUGUAUUCGUGAUUGUGCAAGUUGCGAGCAAUAAGAAAAAUUACAGAUCUAUUGACAUUAUUAGAACAAUAAUAUAUCAUUUGAUUAUCCUGGUACACUGAUGCCCGAUAUCCGAUGUUCAAAAUGUCUUCAUAUGUAAAAGGUUCCUUAUCAAUUCGCUUGAUAGUUGAUACUGUUGAUAGUAGUAAAAAUCUGAUAAAUGAAAAAGAAUUAUUGUAGCAUACUAAAUUCUUCAUAUUAAAGAAACUCACGUUUAAGUCACGUUUCUUUUUUUGUAUCAAGUAAUUUUCUACAGUAGCAUGUUUUGAUAUGAAGUGUCAUUCAGUUGACCCCGAAAGUGAUGAAACACAGAUAAGUAAAGAUUAUCCUAUAUUGAAGUCAUUCCUAGCUGGUUCUUUCUCUGGUACUUUCUCAACUAUUCUAUUUCAACCAUUGGAUUUAAUUAAAACAAGAUUGCAAAAUAAAGUAAAUAAUCAUGUAGGUCGUCAGAAGAAUGGCAUGAUAUCAAUGACAAUUGCUAUUAUACAAAAAGAAAAUAUUUUUGGACUAUGGAAAGGUAUUACACCAUCUAUGACUAGAGUAAUACCAGGAGUGGGUCUCUAUUUCUCAACUUUGCAUUGGCUUAAAAAUACUUUAGAUUUAAAUGAAUCUAUAACACCUCUACAAGCAGUAACUUUAGGAAUCACAGCAAGAACAAUUUCUGGGGCUUUGUUGAUUCCAAUAACAGUUGUCAAAACAAGAUAUGAGAGUGGAGUAUAUAAAUAUAAUAGUAUAGCUGAAGCUUUGAAAAUAAUUCACAAAAAUGAAGGAAUGAAAGGACUUUCAAGUGGGCUUAUACCCACACUACUUCGUGAUGCACCUUUUAGUGGUUUAUAUCUUAUGUUUUACAUACAACUUAAAGAGCUAACUUCACGUGAAUUACCUCAUUACAGCACUUUAUCAAUAACUCACUUUGGAUGCGGGGUUAUAGCUGGUAUACUGUCAUCUGUAGUAACACAACCAGCUGAUGUUAUUAAAACAAAGAUGCAAUUGUAUCCUCACGAAUUUACUGGUGUAAAAAAUUGUUUUUAUUCAAUUUAUUAUAAAUAUGGGUUAUUUGGAUACUUCAAAGGAAUAGUGCCUAGAAUGUUAAGAAGAACUUUGAUGACUGCAAUGGCUUGGACUGUUUACGAACAGGUUACUAGAAGUAUUGGCUUAAAGUGAAGUUAUAGAAUUUGUAAAAAUGUUUGCAAUGCCUAUUACAGUAUUAAGAAUGACUGCUUGAUUGAUGUUUUCAUCGAAAUGUUGUUAUGUAUUAUAAAAGUUUUAUUAGAUUUAGUAAAUAUAAAUUGU